GUUAUCUGCCAUCAUAUGAUUUGUCUUAUCUCUGAUCGCUUCUUUGCUCCUGCCACAUGGCACUCCUGGUGUGAUCAGUCAAGAUCUGGCCGAAGAGAUUGGGCGCGCUUCUGCGCUUAAAAACAUGAAUCCCCAGAGCGGCGAUUCUUCGAAGUGUCUCCAUCCUUCCUGCUCCUUGCGUGCCUGAGCUCUAUGGCUGCCACUGAAGCACCGACACUCGAGAAGGUUCACGACCCACGGUCGGACUCUGCGUCUUUCGACGACAACGAGAAGGGCGACUACCACCCGGAGAAGGUCAACCUCGACGAUGCCGAGGAGGUCGGGGAGGUGUUUGCGGAUGGACCGCGUCUCAUCGACAUGGACGAGACGGGCCACGAGCGACCGAUCGAGACGGACAUGGACUAUGCGACUCGUCUCGUUUCGCUCGAUGAUGACCCUCUGAUGAGGGUUUUUACCUUCCGGAUGUGGUUCCUCGCUCUCGGUCUCUCCUGCUUUGCCGCUGUCCUUGGCCAAAUCUUCUACUUCCGCCCGCAGACCAUCUACGUUUCGCAGCUCUUCAUUCAGAUUCUUGCCUUCAUUCUCGGGCGUGUCAUGGAGGUGAUCAUUCCCGGUCCCUCUGAGCGUGCCUUGCUCAAGACACCUGAUAACGCGUUCUGGCGAUUCAUGAACCACGGACGCUUCAACCUAAAGGAGCAUGUCGCUAUCGUCAUCAUGGCUUCCACCGCCUCUUCCUCUGCGCUCGCCAUCUCCGUCUUUGCUACCCAGGAGCUGUACUACAACGUCAGCACCAAUGUCGGUGUCGGCAUCUUCACCCUGAUCGCAUCGCAGCUGAUCGGCUACGGAAUGGCUGGUAUCAUGCGAGUGUUCCUGGUGUACCCCACGUUUGCCGUCUACCCUCAGAUCAUGCCCACCGUCCAGCUCUUCGAAGCUCUGCACAAGGGCGAGGGCAUGAUGACCCAGUCGAAGCGCAAGAAGAUCUUCUGGUACACGUUCAUCGCCAUCUUCGUGUGGGAAUGGUUCCCCGAGUACAUCGCCCCGACUCUCACCGGUAUCUCCAUCUUCUGCUUGGCCGACCGCAAGAGCCCCUGGGUCAGUCGCAUUUUCGGUGGUGCGGGCAACAACGAGGGACUGGGCGCGUUCUCGAUCUGCCUCGACUGGGCUUACGUCGGAUCUGGAGGAGGCUCUAUCGGUUCCCUGUUCACGCCUUUGGCCACUCAGCUUUCGCUGUACGGUGGUUGCGCCAUCUGCAUGAUCGCCUUCUGCGCCGCUUACGCUUCCAAUACCUGGAAUGCUCAGAACUACCCCUUCUUGUCGCAGCUGCUUUACCGCGAAAACGGCAGCGCCUACGACCAGCUGGCAAUCCUCAACGACGACUUCACGCUGAACUACGACAAACUCAACGCUUACGGCUUGCCGUUCUAUGCUGCUUCUCAGAUGUUGUACAAGGUUUCUCGCACUGUCUAUAUCGGAGCCGCUAUCACCCACUUCGCUCUGUGGCACUCCAAGACCGUCUGGAAGCUCAUCCGCGGCGGUCGUGAUGCGAUUGACGACCCACACUUCAAGAAGAUGAAGGUCUACCCCGAGAUCUCCAACUGGUAUUAUCUUGGCCUCUUCGUCGUCUGCUUCGGUGUUGCGAUCGGCACGACCUAUGGCGCCAAGUCUCAGCUCCCGGCCUGGGCGACUAUCAUCGCGCUCAUCUUCGGAUGGUUGCUGGUCCCCGUCAUCGGGACCUUGUAUGCCACCACCGGCUACGCGCCCUCGGUCGAGAAUCUGAUCCAGAUGCUGGGUGCAGCUUGUGUCCCUGGGAAACCGGUCGCCAACAUGUACUUCACUCUUUACGGCUACAACUCGGUUGUCCAGUCCUACACCCUGACUGGUGACUUGAAGCUCGGCCAGUACACCAAGCUUCCUCCUCGGGCAACCUUCACUGUGCAGGCCAUUGGAUCCAUCGUCGGUGCCCUGCUCAACUUCGUGCUGAUGAAGACGAUCAUCUCCACUCACCGCACCAUCCUGCUCGACGUGCAGGGCAGCAACAUCUGGUCCGGCCAGCAGGUCCAGUCGUUUAACACAGCCGCCAUCGCCUGGGGAGCGCUCGGCAAACCUCUAUACGCGACCGGAACCAUGUAUGGUUUCAUUCCGUAUAUGUUGUUCGUCGGUCUCGCCUGCCCCAUUCCCUUCUGGUUGCUGCACAAGAAGUACCCCACCGUUGGUUUCAACAAGGUCUUCACCCCCGUUCUGACUGCCGAGCUCGGAUACCUUGCUGUCGGCAUCAACUCGUCGGUCUUCACCUCGUUCUGCCUCGCCAUCUUCUCGCAAUUCUACCUGCGGAAGUACCGAGCCACCUUCUUCCGCAAGUACAACUUCUUGUUGUCCGCUGCCCUAGAUGGUGGAACGUCCGUCAUGAUCUUCGUCUUCACGUUUGCUGUCGCCGGCGCCAGUGGCAAAACGACACCCUUCCCGACAUGGGCACUAAACCCGGCAUCCAGAAACCCGGAUUACUGCAUGUCCCUCAACAACUAAGGGUUGUUAUCACUACUGGUCUCCUUGUAUGUAUUUCGCACGUAGAAAAUAGAAAAAUGCAUCUGUUAUCCCAAUUUUGGUGAUCGAUUAUGCGAUCUGGAAUGACUGUUAUUGAAGAGAUCCGUCAC